AUGGCGAUUUUACCUCCACGUGGUUACUGUGAGUACAUUGAAGCCGAUAAUCAUAUCUCCACGGUCAAGAGUGGAAUAGGUGAAGAUUUUGAAGCACAAGUGGCUCAAAACUCUCUUUCGAGUGCCUUCCAAAAGAAAUAUGUGGAGGCGAGGUACAUUAAAGCUCAUAGACUAGAGUUUAUUGGGCUUAACCAUGGAAAGAUGAUUGUGGCCGAGUAUGAGGCCAACUUUUUUAGGCUGAGCCGGUACACUCAGAGUCUGGUUGCGACUGAAUACGAUAAGAGUGUCCAUUUUGAAGAUAGGCUUCAAUAUGAUUUGAAGGUUUUGACACCUUCCGGGCGAGUGUUGGAGGAGGGUAAGAGCAUUUCUGCAACGGUAGUUCAGCAACUUCUGAGGGGUCGUGGUCAGGUUAGGGGUGGUAAUGAUCUGGGCCGUGGACAGAAGGCACCAGGCAAAGCUACUAAUCAGACUGAGGCGAGAUGUCCUACUUUGGUUUAUAGGGCGAGGCAUCGUGAGGACAGAGAUACAGAUGACGUGAUAUAUACUUGUAGUAGGUUUUCAAUAAUUAGUCCAAUGAGUCAGUCAGUGCAAGUCAGUAAGAUUUAUAGGAGGUGUCUGUUAGAGAUUCAAGAGGUUUUGUUCUUAGCCGAUCUGAUAAAGUUAUCGCUUGGGGAAUUUGAUCUGAUUUUGGGCAUGGACUGGCUUAUGGAGCUUCAAGUGAGUUUGGAUUCUGCUUCGAAGAGGGUAACUCUAAAAACUGCGCAUAGUGAAGAUGUUGUUAUGGAAUUUCCAAGGUUACCGCUGGAUAAGGAAGUGGAAUUCAGAAUUGAGGUUCUGCCAGGGACAGCACCGAUGUCCAUUGCUCAUUAUCGUAUAGUACCAAAAGAGUUGAAGGAACUAAAAGUGCAGUUUCAGAAACAUCUUGAUAUAGGGUUCAUUAGACCUAGUGUGUCUCCGUGGGGAGCACCGAUACUCUUUGUCAAGAAGAAAGAUGGUUCUAUGAGGAUGUGUGAUCUCAUGAAUAAGGUGUUUCAGCCAUAUUUGGAUCAUUUCAUAGUAGUGUUUAUCAACAAUAUUCUAGUAUACUUUAAGAUCGAGGCUGAGCAUGAUGAGCAUCUAAGAGUGGUUCUAUAUAUUUCGCGAGAGAAGAAGCUCUUUGCUAAGUUGAGCAAAUUUGAAUUCUGGUUGAGAGAAGUUAUGUUUCUAGGACAUGUAGUUUCUGUCAAGGGUAUCCGUGUGGACCCAAAAAAGAUAGAGGCUAUUCUUGAGUGGAAACAAAUUAAGAGUGUCUCAAAGAUUCAGAGUUUUCUUAGACUGACGGGGUAUUAUCAGAUAUUUCUGGAAAGGUUUUCCCUAAUUUCAGCUCCUUCAACUAAAUUUUUGCAUAAGAAUGUGAAUUUUGUAUGGACUGAUAAUCAGUAA